AUGGAGUCUUUAAAGAACAGUUUUAUUCCUGGCCAGCUUCUCGAUAGCCGCUUUCGCACUGUGGCCCCUCUCAACCACGGGUCGUUUGGCAUGGUCUUCCUUGCAAACGACCUCCAGACCGGCCGCGAUGUUGCAAUCAAGUGCAUGAUGAAACCCCCUUCAAAUGAGCCAUGGAGUCCGUCUGCCAGCGAUGGCCGCUUCGAAGAACUCGAUUGUCACCAGCGCCUCAGGUAUCAUCCAAACAUCGUCAAUCUCGUUCACUACUUCGAAACAAAAACGCACCUGUACCUUGUUUUGGAGUAUUGCGCAAAUGGUGAUCUUUACGAGGCCAUCAGACUCAACCGUGGCCCCCUCGAAACGGAGCAUGUUCGCGAGUUCAUGUUGGAAUUGGUCAGUGCUGUGGAGUUCAUGCAUGUCAACGGUCUGUAUCACCGAGACAUCAAACCGGAGAAUAUCUUCCUUACGCAAGAUGGAUCCAUGAAACUCGGUGACCUCGGGCUUGCUACUCGUGAUGCCUGGUGCUACGAAGGCUGUGUUGGAAGUGAUCGCUAUAUGGCCCCGGAACAGUACGAUCCGGCCAACAAUGGGUAUUCUCCUGCGAAAGCUGACAUUUGGGCUGUUGGUAUCUGCCUGCUCAAUGUCCUAUUUGCUCGGAACCCAUUUGCUACACCAACCGAAUCCGACGUUCUGUUUGCUGAUUACGUGAGGGAUCGACAGUCUCUCUUCGACAUCUUCCCCAACAUGUCGCAGGACACCUUUGAGAUUUUGAGCAUCACGUUGGCAAUUGACCCCGAGAAACGGUCCAUCUCUGGUCUCCGCGAUGCCGUCUUGCGGACUGUAUCCUUCACGACCGAUGAUGAUGCGUUGGAUGAAUUCUGCACCGAUGAGCGCGAGGUCGUGCCAGCAAGCGCUAACCGCGAGCCCCUUCGGACUCCCUCCAUCUCGAGCCCCCAAAUCAACCAAGGCGACUCCUUCCCAUGGGCAAAGGCACUCCAAUCCAGCCCACCUCAGGCCAUUCGACAACUCUCUGCCAUUCCCGACAACGAGAGCUAUUCGGAAGAUCUCUUCCCGCCAUCGGAAACUGCAGGCACCUCUUGGUUUUCUGUUCAUCAGACGCCAUCCAUGGCGUCCGUUUUAGAGUCUACCCUAGGUGACUCGUACCGUUCCAAUGCUUUCCCAGCGGUCGGGAAGACCGCUCCCCGUUAUCCACCUCCUUCGGACCCCGUGCCGAUUACUGGGUCCCUGCCCAGCCAGGCGGCCAAGCCGAUUCCAUCUCUUUCUAUGGUAUUUGGUCGGAACAACAAGAGCGAUCAAAUCUCCAAGAGUUGGAGCGAUCUUUGGGAAGAAGAGGAAUCGGAAGGCGAGGAAAUGGCCUUCAACGAACGACGUGAACAGAACUCCCGUAGCUGGAGCCAUGAGAGCACUACAGUGGACGGAAGGAGCUCCCCUACUGCAGGCUUGCGAGAGCCAAGCUCUACUUCCAUUCUCAACUCCCGCUCUCGCCCUGUGCAGUCGCCUGCCUCUAAGAGCUCCGACUCCUUGGUCAAGCCGCCAAAAUCUGAGACCUUCACUACUACUCCCAAGGUCGUCUCUUUCACUCCCCAAACUUCUCCGAAGAAGUCUAGCCUGGAUAAGUGGGCAGCCUUGGGUGAUAAGAGAAGGAACUUUAAGCCCUCAGAGCGUUCAUUCGAGUCAAAGCGCUUCCCAAACAACAUGAAUUGGCGGAAAGAUUGGGGUCUGGGCUCCUCUGGGUUCGAUUAUGGUUCCUGGGCUAAGAAGGAGAGCUUCACGUCUCCAGACCGCCGCCGCCGCCAGUUCCUUAAUAGAGAAUGGCGACGUGAUUCCUUGGAGACGCCUGCCCUCAACCAAGACUAUCAUGGCAGUAUUGAUGAGGAUCUCGAUCUCGUUGGUGGGUGGCAUGACCUUCACCUAUAA